AAUGUUGAAAAUGUUGAGGCAUUCGAAAAUCGCUCUUUGUACGUGAAAGGUGGAAUGAAUGCUGAAAGCGGACGUAGCACAAAACAUGUUUUCUUAAAUCUAAAUCUGGUAUUAAGUUUUUCGGGAUUAAAAAACUAUCGGUUCGAUUAAGAAGUGAAGAAAGUGUUAUUUGAAGUAAAGAAAACCAAUUGAAUUGGUAAAGUUUCAAUAUAAUUGUGGUGUUAAUUUCGUGAAAUCGCAUUCUGAUUAAAACUCCGUUUGCUUGCUCAUUCGUUCGCUCGCCCGCCUUUCGUCGCGUUGCGUUGUUUGUGAAACGAAAAAACAAGGAGAACGAGCAAAGAAGAAAAUUGUAAUAAGUUGCAACUUCACUCCUGUUGUUAACAAUUACGACAACGAUUUAAAACCUUAACCAAUUUCCAAGUGUGUAAUAAAAUAUUUUGACUAUUUUCUCAGCGAAUGCGGGGAUUGUGUUUAAGCGAGUGUGCAUAGAACACAAUCUAAUUGUAGUGGAGACAAAAUUACAUUUUGUGAAGGUAAUCAGUUGAAACUCAAAAAAUGUUGAGUUAACCCACGAACGUACCAAGUGUAGAAACGAAUGUACGAACAAACGAAUGGAAAACGAAAGCUGUAAAAAGUAGAAGAUGUAGUAGAGCAAAAGAAGAAGUGGUUAAAUUGGAUGCGAAAUAAAACGUAACUGGUAGACAACAACGAAAAAUAGUAUACGUACAAAAACAGUGAGGAAACAUAUCAGUGGAGCUGAAGAAUAAUACAAAACCAGAAUAACAAAUUUGAAACAAGUUUGCCGACGUAAAUUUACAAUAAAAUUUGUGUUUUGUGAAAUAACAGUGUGAAGUGAAGAAAACCAACGAAAAUCACACAUCUCUGAUUCAUCAACAUAACAUUAACAAAAAAAAAAAAUAUAUAAAUAAAUAAAAAAGAUUACGUUGAGCUAUCGCUGAGUGUAAUUCUUGGAAAAUAACGCCGUGGUAUUACAAAUAAAAAAAAUAAUAAUAAUAAUAAAUAAAAUUUAUUCAAAUAUAUAUUAAAUAGUAGCUGCUCUAAAGUUGUUACUGCUGCAUCAUUUAAUUUAACUUAAAAUCAACGAAAAUAAAACAAAAUUACCAAUUUGGAAAUAUUAAUGAAAAUAAGUGUACGCGUGCGCGCAGCGAAUAAAUGUUUCAAAAAUCUUGUUAAAAAGUGUGUAGUUUAAACGAAAUUUAUUAUAACCAAUUUAUCGCAUUUACUGUGAAGUUUCACUUCGCUGUGUGUUAAUAAAUAUCAAAAAAAGUUUUAUAAUCUUAACAUUAAACGACAAGUAAACAAAAUGUUUACAGAAGGCAUUUUCCCAAUCGGUGAUGGCCUCUUGGACAUCAACGAGGAUCGGCUUAAAGAGCUGCUGGUUGCUGACGAUAUUAACGAAAUAUAUGAAUUGGAACAAACACCAUUUGCCAGAGGCAAAUUCGCUGCUGUACGUCGCGCUAUACACAAAAAUUCUGGAACACAUUUUGCUGCCAAAUUUCUGAAACGACGCCGACGCGCUCAAUCCUCAGAUAAGGAGAUCAAACAUGAGAUCGCUGUGCUGAUGCUAUGCAAUGGCGCCGAUAAUAUUGUCAAAUUGAAUGCAGUGCACGAGUCACGCUCCGACACAGCGUUGCUGCUGGAACUGGCAACCGGUGGUGAGCUACAGACAUUUCUAGACAAUGAGGAAUGCCUCAGCGAGGCACAUGCACGCUAUUGCAUGCGUGAGGUACUUAAGGCAUUGCAAUAUCUGCACAAACGUUCCAUAGCACAUCUGGACUUGAAGCCGCAGAAUAUAUUGCUCACUGGUGAGCGCAUCGAAGAUGGUUUAAAGCUGUGCGACUUUGGCAUAUCACGCGUAGUUGCCGAAGGCACCAAUGUGCGUGAGAUUGUCGGCACACCCGAUUACGUUGCACCCGAGGUGUUGCAAUACGAACCGCUCUCAUUAUUGACGGACAUUUGGUCGGUGGGCGUGCUGGCCUAUGUGCUAUUGUCCGGCUUCUCGCCCUUCGGCGGCGAAACCAAACAGGAAACGUUCCUCAACAUUUCGCAAUGUGCGCUGACAUUUCCGGACAAACUGUUUGGCGGAGUGUCCGCUGCGGCCAUUGAUUUUAUACGCCGUGCAUUGCGAAUAAAGCCAAAUGAUCGCAUGACCGCUGCAGGAUGUCUCGAGCACAUUUGGUUAAAAGACGAAUGCUCCAUCGAUAGACAAAUCCUCACAGAUAUCAACAAAUCAACGACAGUCGACUCAGCCGCAGCUGCAGACGAUGAGGAUGAUGAUGAUGAUGAAGUCGAAGUAGAUGAAGAUGAAGAUGAAGACGAGGUGGACGAGGAAGAGGACGAUGAGGUAGAAGCGAAUGAAGCUGAAAUUGAAAACGAAAUGUCACACGAUGACGGCGAUGAGGACGAGCUCAAUAUUAGUAUUGACAGAGAACAACAACAAAAUGGUACAAAUGGCAGCAAAAUGGAAUCAUCGGAUGCCGAAGAGCUGGCGGAGGAGAGUGCCGCCAACAAACCGGCGGUUAUAACUAACGGCAAAACAGCUUAUAAUAAGAGCAACACCAGUAACGGUUAUAGCAACGGUUAUAAUGGACGCAGUGCCAACAACAGCAACUACAACAGCAUGCGUCAUAACGGUGCACACACAUCGUACACAAAUGGCGCUGGUGCGACUGCUAGAUACACGAAUGGCGUAAAAACCGCCGCCGCAAGUGCAACAGCAGCGACUACGCAACGCACCACCGCCGUUGUAACGGUGCCUGCUGUGCGCGCCACAACCAUACCUCUACAAUACAACGGUGGCUAUCGCCAGCAACAACAACAGCAACACCAGCUACAAAAGCAACAACAGUUGCAGGUACUUGCGCGCCGCCACUCCUCCUCAGAUUCCAACAAGGAGAACACCUAUCUGGCUACAAAGAAAAUAGCGCCGACAACAGCCAAUGUUGGCACUGUGGUGAAGAAGCCACUAACGGCUACAGCGACCACCACAAUUGUGAUUGCCGGCAGCGAAAUGGGUGAUACGACGACAGCAACGGGUGUUGCCACAUCUAAUGUGGUUGCCACCUUCACGCUACCCAGCGGCUACAAUCACACUAAUCACAGCAACAACAGUAGCAGCAGCAGCAACAACAGCAUGAGCAGCAAUCACAGCAACAAUAAUGCAAGUAGCGAAAAAUACAUAACAACAACACACUGCCUCUUUCCCGAUGCACCCACAACACCGAAAGUCAUACGCAAAACUCCCAACACCGAAGCAUCACCGACCUCGGUCAAGGCGCUGGUGAAGAAAUUUCAAUUAGAGGGUGGCAACACCAGUCCGAGUGCAUUUGAGAAGCACGCCAGCGCACAUCUGAAAGAGGCACAAGCAACAAAUCAGCACGCCGUGACAACAGCAACAACACAAAUGAACGGUAGCAGUGGAAGCAGCAAGAAGUCACCAAUCAGUAAUGGUAUUGCCAAGAAAUUCGACACGACACGCAAGUAUGGCGAACACAAUGGCACCGCCGGUAGUAGCCACAGCAGCAGCAAUGGGCGACGCGCCUCUGAGCCAGCGACGACGGUCACACAUGUCACGACGCAUAUCGCACAUAAUCGCAGCGGCAGCGGCGGCAUCGGUCUGGGCAGCACAGCGUCCAGCUACAAAACGACUUGCGUACUCUGCAUCGGCUGUGGCAGCAAGACAGCGACGACGACGACGAAUGGCAGCAGCACGCCAAAUGGAUGCAGGCAUUCUGUGGACACCGCCGGCAAGUACAACAAAACGAACGGCAUUAGCAACAAUAAUGCCAAAAUCGCCAACAACAAUGCCACAGCCUCAGCCACUGCCACUGUGACCGCUACAGCAAUUGUCAAUGGCGGCAGCACUGCAUCAACCACCACAACAACAGCGCUCUUGCUGGGCAGUCAUCAUCAGCAACAGCAACAACAGCAGCAGCAACAACAACUACAUCACCACUUGAACGGUGUGCAUCAUCACGCGCAUCCACAUCACCAUCAUCACCACCAUCACAUGCAUGUGGCGGCGAAGGGUGCCGCCGCCAACAAUUUAAGCUUAGAUCAGGGUAUCAUCUGUUAGCUAAAGGCCAAUCGGGCGCGUCGAAAUGCCAGAAAUUUCUUUAAUCGAUUUCUAUGCUGCAUGUAGUAUUGCGUUGAUGCUUUGUAAGCGACAUCACAGGUCGCUGAUUGGCACCGGCAAUUGAAGGCGGUGUGUGUUUCAAGCAGCGUUUGAAGGUGCGCAUAUCUGUUAAUUAAUAUUAAAGCUUCUGGUUAAAGUCGGAUCUUAAAAGUGAACAAAAUAUAUUGAAUUGUUGUGAAACAUGCGCGCCACCGCUUGAAACCGCCACUGCUUCUGCCUUUAUGCCGUUAGUAUCAUUACGCAAUACACGCAUACGCAUAAAUUGUGGGCCUGUGCCUCAAGCAAGCAGCUCCCUCUAGUUUAGUGUUCUAACUUUAAAGCUAAUUAAUUUGAAAACUAAAAAUUCGCGCUGGUAGAUAGAGCAUGUUUGAUAAGUUUCGAAUUGAACUCCUUCAAUGGUUCAAUGGUGAUUGGCAUGCUAGCUGCACAAGACAUUCUUUCGAUGUUGCCGUACAGUUAUGUGAUCUAUGUAGCUGUACAAGGCGUCGCAAACCAAAUGUCAAUGUAGAAAAUAUGAAAUUUUAAAGCUUAAUUUUUCGAAAAUUUACCGUUAUAUAUAAUUUUUUAAUAAUCGCAACUGCUUGUAUCCGCUUACUACUGUUGCCUGACGCUAGUAAGCAAAAAAAAAAGGCUCCCUCACACAACGUUCAGCUACUUCUCUUAAAUAAUUUAUUUAGUUUAUUUACUCGCUUAUAUAAAUAUGUUUACAAUAAUAUGCUUUUUUUACAAUUACAAGUAUUUAGCGCUAAGUUGGGGUUUAUUUUUGUGAAACCUUUUAUUUUUUAUGUUAAACCAUAUGGAAAUACAUUUAAUUUGCUAGAAUAAAAAAUUAUGCGUUGAAGUGAUGAUGUCAAAUGAAGUGAAGCAGAAAUAGAAAUUGAGGUUAUGUAGCUAGUUACAAACAUAUAGUAAAGCCGCAACUUACUAGUUUCUAUGUAUUAAAAUAAAAUAAAAUAAAAUUUAGUUGAAAUGCUGAUGAUGAACACUGCUGCUGCUGCUGCGCUGUUCUUAAAUAAGUCUUAGUGAAUUAGUUAAUAUAAAAGUGUAUAGUGGUUAUAUUGGCUGUUAGGGCUGCAAAUUGUUGGUGUCGCUGCCGUUGGCUGUCGUAUGUAUUCAUAUACAAAACUGGCUGCACUUUAUAUUUCAUUUGUUUUAUUACAAUUAUUAUAUUUUUCUUUAUCUUUGCAUACUCUAAUUGCUGUUUAACGCUUAAGUUUGUCAUUUUUAAUUUUUCUUUAUCUUUUAUAUUACAUUUAAAUGUUUACUGCUCUUAUCUGCUAAUAUGAUUUUGUUGCUGUGUAGUUAAAAAUUGAAAUCGUUAAAUUUACAACAAUCAAGCAAAUUUAAUAUGAAUUGAUAAACAAACAUAAAUACAUACAUACCUACAUAUAUACAUACAUAUACCUUUAUUUUUUAGUUAAACCAAGCGGCAUUCUUUAAAUAAAUAAAUAAUUAUUUACGUAUACGCAAGCGCAUAAAACCGAUAGCGUUUAUGCCGUUCGUAGACAAACUAGUUACUAAUUAAUUGCGUUAUGAUAAUUGAUAUCGAUAAUAAUUACUGAAAUUUAAUUUAAUUGCAUAAUAAUUUUAAUAAUUUUAAUAAUAAUACUGUGUGGUUACUCUUUUGUCAAACACAAAAUAUAAACGAAUAAAAUAAAUCCAUUAUAUUUGGUAAUACAUUAUAUAUACAUA